AUGUCCAGAACUAUUGUCCCCAGAGGGGACCCAAGACUCAGGAGAUGUUGCCCUCUUCCCUGGGGUGGAGACAAGCAGUCCGCCCCCGGUCCUGCAGCAGCAGGGAGGUCCAGCAUCCCAGACCCAGAUCUGAUCGCCAACUUCUCCUCCUCCAGAGAGAACAGGGGAGGGCUUUCCACUCUUCCUCCCCACUCCAGAGAAUACCACUUUGUGAACCAGACAGUGACCUGGACUGAAGCUCAAAGUUACUGCAGAGAACACUUCACUGACUUGGUCACCAUCUACAACAGCAACAUCAACCAACUGCUUGUUUCAAUGGCACCAAAGAUUGAUGACUAUGCUUGGAUAGGUCUCUAUGAUGAUCGUUACAGCUGGAAGUGGUCCAUGGAGGGAAAACUUUUUUAUGUUGGCAGUAAACAUGAAUUUUUGAUCUGGGCUAAAGGCCAACCAAAUUGUGCUUAUGCAAAUGAAUACUGUGUGGCUCUUCAGGGACAAACACAGAUGAAUGAUAAACCCUGUGGAGAUUCUUACCCUUUCCUGUGUUAUGAUGCCAGCAGUACAAGUUACAUCUUCGUGAUGGAGAAUUACACCUGGUCAGCGGCUCAGUCGUACUGCAGGACAUACCACACAGACCUGACCAGUAUAAGAAGCAAAGAGGAGAAAUCCAACAUCACGCUCACUUUGAAUGGAUCAGGGGUUCAGUAUGUGUGGAUUGGCCUCUACAGGGAUCCCUGGGCCUUCUGGUCUGAAAACACAACCUCCACAUUCACUAACUGGAUGUCUUCUCAACCUAAUAACUACAACUCACAGUGA